AUGCUCACUUUCGGUUUAACUAAACGCCUGCCUACCGGCGGUAAUUGUAUCUCAAAUACACUUAGAACUGGUCGCGUUGUUCGUUAUAUAACACAUGUUACUCGUGAAAAGAUCUUUUUCAAUCGGAAACGAGAACUUGUUAAGUUUAAAAAUGCAUUUAGUGCCGAUCCGAGGCUUCAUGUCAUUCUAGGUCCUCCUAGUACUGGGAAAACCGCACUGAUCCAUGAG